GAGGGAGCCGGCCCCGCGCAGGGAGGGCAACAGCAGCGGCCGGAGCUGCGCGGCCCCGCGACGGGGAGCGGAGCGCAGCGCAGCGCCCCCACCUCAGUUUGCUCCCUUCCCGCGCGGGUACUGAGGCGACCGGCUUCCCGGGGUGGAGGUCGCCCCUCAGCCGCUGAUCGCCGGCGGCUCUGGGCCACCUGUGAGUUUUCCGCCUGGCGGGUGCUGUUACUGCUUACCUGGCAGAUGUUCCCAGACUGAGAAUGGCAUGGCAUGGAGGACACUGCAGUGAAAGUGUUUAAUCCCACUUUCUUUGGAGACCUGCAAACAAAAAAGAAAUAGAAGCCAUUAACCUACCUUGUUCAGAGAGAACACUAAAUCAGCACAAUAUGGCACAGCAUAGUAUUGUCCUUGGAUUAUUCAUGAUGACUGUUUUAUCACUGUUGGAUGGAAGUUCAGCUUUCCUGUUAAAUCAGCGUCUGAAGGGAAGAUUUCAAAGAGACCGUAGAAACAUCCGCCCAAACAUCAUCCUUGUUCUUACUGAUGAUCAGGAUGUAGAACUUGGUUCUAUGCAAGUGAUGAAUAAAACAAGGCGGAUCAUGGAACAUGGAGGUGCUCAUUUCAUCAAUGCCUUCGUGACAACACCCAUGUGCUGCCCAUCUCGCUCCUCUAUUCUUACGGGGAAGUACGUCCACAACCACAACACUUACACUAACAAUGAGAACUGUUCUUCUCCGUCCUGGCAAACUCAGCAUGAAACGCGUACAUUUGCAGUGUACCUCAACAACACAGGAUACAGGACAGCUUUCUUUGGAAAGUACCUUAAUGAAUACAAUGGGUCCUAUGUGCCUCCUGGUUGGAAAGAAUGGGUUGGAUUACUUAAAAACUCUCGAUUUUACAAUUACACACUCUGUAGAAAUGGAGUGAAGGAGAAGCAUGGAUAUGACUACUCGAGGGAUUACCUAACUGAUCUGGUUACCAAUGACAGUAUUACCUUCUUCAGAAUCUCAAAGAAGAUGUACCCUCACAGGCCUGUACUGAUGGUUAUAAGCCAUGCUGCUCCUCACGGCCCUGAAGAUUCAGCCCCUCAGUACUCACAUCUCUUUCCUAAUGCCUCACAACACAUCACUCCCAGUUAUAACUAUGCUCCAAACCCAGACAAGCACUGGAUAAUGAGGUAUACAGGUCCCAUGAAACCUAUACACAUGGAGUUCACUAACAUGCUACAGAGAAAGCGCCUUCAAACACUCAUGUCUGUGGAUGACUCUAUGGAAAUGAUUUACAAUACGUUGGUUGAAACAGGUGAACUGGACAAUACGUAUAUAAUAUACACAGCAGACCAUGGUUAUCAUAUUGGGCAGUUUGGGCUGGUGAAAGGAAAGUCCAUGCCAUACGAGUUUGAUAUCAGAGUUCCUUUCUAUGUCCGAGGUCCAAAUGUGGAGGCUGGGUCCUUGAAUCCUCACCUUGUGUUGAAUAUUGAUCUUGCACCUACAAUUCUAGAUAUUGCUGGAUUGGAUAUUCCUUCUGAUAUGGAUGGUAAAUCCAUUCUAAAGCUUCUGGAUUCUGAGAGACCAGUGAAUAGGUUCCAUUUAAAGAAAAAGAUGAAGGUGUGGAGAGACUCAUUCCUAGUGGAAAGAGGUAAACUGCUGCAUAAGAGGGAGAGUGAGAAGGUAGAUGCCCAAGAAGAAAACUUUCUACCCAAAUACCAGCGUGUGAAAGACCUCUGUCAGCGAGCUGAGUAUCAAACAGCUUGUGAACAGCUUGGCCAGAAAUGGCAGUGCGUGGAAGAUGCCAGUGGAAAGCUCAAGCUACACAAGUGCAAGGGAAUGGCAAACUUGGCAGCUGCAGGCAACAGCAAAGGCACCUCUAAUAUUUUGCCCAAGUAUUACAACAGGAAUAGUGAAGACUGCAAUUGUGAAGAGAACGAAUACAAGCUGAGCCACAUUGGACGGAGAAAGAAACUCUUCUCUAAGAAAAAAUACAAACCAAGCUAUGUCCGGAAUCGCUCAAUCCGUUCUGUAUCUGUUGAACUGGAUGGAGCAGUUUAUAACUUGGGUUUAGAGGAUGGAUACCAACCUGUCUUACCAAGAAACAUCACCAAGCGGCACAAGAUGCAGAGGGCUAUUCUUCAUGAGGAGGAAGAUAAAGACGUGGGGGAAUACAGUGGCACUGGUGGUAUUGCAGAGUAUUCAGCCCCUAACCUAAUAAAAGUGACACACAGGUGCUAUAUCCUGGAGAAUGAUACUGUUCAGUGUGACACAGAUCUGUAUAGGUCACUGCAAGCUUGGAAGGACCAUAAACUUCAUAUUGACCACGAGAUUGAAACUUUGCAGAAUAAAAUAAAAAACCUGAGGGAAGUGAGAGGUCAUCUGAAGAAGAAGCGACCUGAAGAGUGUGAUUGUAACAAGAUAAGUUACCAUUCAAAACACAAAAGCAAACUGAGGCACAAGGGAUCUAGUCUUCAUCCUUUCAAGAAAGCCCUACAGGAGAAAGACAGGCUGUGGCUGCUUAGAGAGCAAAGACGAAAGAAGAAACUGCGCAAACUGCUCAAGAGAAUAAAAAAUAAUGACACAUGCAGCAUGCCUGGUCUGACCUGCUUCACCCAUGACAACCAACACUGGCAAACUGCUCCCCUGUGGACACUGGGCCCUUUCUGUGCCUGUACCAGUGCCAACAACAACACAUACUGGUGUUUGAGGACAAUCAACGAGACCCACAACUUCCUGUUUUGUGAAUUUGCUACUGGAUUUUUGGAGUAUUUUGAUCUCAAUACUGAUCCAUAUCAGCUAAUUAAUGCAGUGAAUACGUUAGAUAGAGACGUUCUCAAUCAACUGCAUGUCCAGCUCAUGGAACUAAGAAGCUGCAAAGGGUAUAAACAAUGCAAUCCAAGAACUAGGAACAUGGAUCUGGGACUUAAAGAUGGAAGCUACGAGCAGUACAGGCAGUUUCAGCGUCGAAAGUGGCCAGAUGUGAAGAGACCAUCAUCUGCCAAGUCACUAGGACAACUGUGGGAAGGAUGGGAGGGCUAACCUACCCCAACCGCUGCACCUCCAUGAGGAUACAAACUGGCCAGAACUUGAAUUCAUGUACAGACUAAAUGAAAAUGUUGUAUGACUUCAGAAGGGAUUAUCAUGUUAGCCUGGAGGACUGGAUAAACUUUGAGGCUGAAAUAGCUAGAAUGUUUGCACUGGUGAGUGAAUUAAAUAGAUGCAGUGAAAUUACGGGAAACGCUGUCAGAAAUACAGGUCUCUCAAAUCCACUGUUGUACCUGCUUUUUGCUUUGGAUUAUACCUCACCUGCUUCACAAGGCAUUUUACUUCAAGAAGACACCACUAAUACUGAUCCAGGAAUUGACAGAAGAGGAAAUACAGCCGCGUCCCAAAGAGGAUUGCCAUCCCGGGGGCAAAGGGUACACAAAGACAGCAGAAGUAAACUUAAAGCAUUUUUCAGUUCAACUAUAUCUUCAGUUGUCAUGAGAAAAACUUCAAAGCCAAGCGUAACUCUAAAGCAAGAUUUAGAAAACAUGGAUGCUUUUGCUUCUAACGGGGUAAAGGUAAUGGUGGAAAAGAACUUCUAAGAGAUUUAGGAACUGAACAGCAUUGAGUAUUCUCAACACCAUCAUAUUUCUCAAACUUCCUCUGAGGAUACGUUUUAGUUCUAUGUCUACUUGUCCAUCCUAUUGAGACCUCUAGGAAAAUUAGAGAAAAUCUUGACUAACAGGACGCCAGAUUUUUGGAGGGGUUGUGUAAAUAUUGAUCAAUAUACUGUUCAAAAAUAAAUUCCUUCAGGUUGUGAAGAAUUUUGUUAAUAAAAAUAGUGGAAUGCCCACACACCAUUUCUCAAAAUGUUACUUAAUGUUGCAUAGUACAUUUCAGAAUCUAUCCAUUUUUACAAGUACUGAAAAAUUUCAGUAAAUGUACAUCUUAAAUUUUAAUGAAAUCAGAUUUGUAUGAAGUUUUUUUAUGUGGUAAUAUUAUAUUGUAUGUUCAAAACCAAAACAAUUCCUUUGAGAAAGCAGCAUUUGCUUAGUAGUGUAACUUUUACAUUUAUUUUAAAAAAAGGCAAGAAGUUCAAUACUUGUAGCCAAUAAAGAAUAAUCUAGUUAUAGUUUAGUCUACGCAAAAGUAGAUGUUCUGAAUGACAGUUACUGUUUAAAGGCUUUUAAAGGGAAAAAAACGUCAUUUUACUAAGGAAGCACAGUGUACAGAGUCUAUUUGAGUAUUUUCAUAAAGACGUUAUUAAAUACAUUGUAGUACAGGCACUAGCAGUGAUAUUUGUACUUAUAAUUUUUUUCAUGUUAAUCUGCUACCUGUUUUAAAGGCACAUGCAGGAAGGAGCUCAUGUGACAGACUCAACCAACUGUGGCCUUCACUCUUAACAAGAGGUACUUCUUUUCAAAACACAAACCUAACUUGCACUUCUAGAAACACAGUGUAAAAAUACAUCAUGGAAAUUAUUUUGAUACCCUUCCUGGUUUUGCACAUUAGGAAAAUCAAGUGGAAUUACUUCACAAGUGAUACAGAUCUCUGGUACCACACCCCUAUACUCAAAAAAAUAUACUUGAAUUUAAGAACCAAGGAAAAAAAAACCCACUCAAAAAGUGGCAGUGGGGUUGUUCAUUGUAUGUGCUAUGUAGUAAAACAAGGCUUAAGCUUGUAUUUUUAUCACAUGUGAGUCAAAUACACUUCCCAAAAUUUUCUUGCGAGUUUUUUUAACCAUGGAAGUAAUGUAUCAUUGUCUGUCUUAAUCUAGUCAUAGAUUUUGUUUAUAACCUAUUACAGAUUUCAUGGAUUAUCAGAAACAUCUGCUAGAUGAUGAGAUCCUGGAUCAAUACAAAUAAGUAAAAAAUACUGAAUUUAAACUCACCAAUAGAAACACAUUUUUUGCUGCUUUCCAGAGAAAAGUGUUAGCUGUCUACCAUUCCCAGUGAAUAUGCAGAAAGAAUACUAGGUUAGAUUAAAAAAAAUUUGCACUUACCUUUUUUUUAUGUUCAGCCUAUAGUCUUUGACAAGAUGAGAGUGUGACUGUUAAAAUCCUGCAUGGCCAGUGCUACUGCUCCUGUUUCAUACCAGUCGGAAGCUUGAAAAGUUACCAUGUCCCUUUAUACAAAAUAUUGAGCUGUGGGACUUGUAUGUGACACAAGAAGCAGCUGUUAUUUUAUGAAAGGUAGGUCGUUGCCAAGUUAAGGGGAAAGCUACCAGCUCUUCUCCUUUCAGCUCUGCUAAAGACUGCUAUUUUAAGUUUAAAAAGACAUAAAUGCCACUUGAUGUUAAUGUAACUUUAGUUGAUAAAUGGGUCUCAUAGGUGGAAGGUCUAAGUUGUUACUCCCUUAGCUUUUAUGGCCAACUAGGAAAAAAUUUAAAUCAGUUGCUAGACAUAGCUUUCCUCAGUAAUAGCACUGGAUUUUUCUCUGACCUUUCCAGGAUACAGUUGUCAGCCUUAAGGUAUUAGACAGCUAAUACACUGUGUCACCAAAAUCUGAUUUUAAAUAGAAACCUUUAUUUACAUUAUUAUUAACAUCCAAACACAAAAAUCAGAAGAGCAGUAAUACCUUACAACCAACUCUUUUAUAAAUCAGUCCCCAUGAUUUUUCUGUUUUGUAAAAUAAAGAUACAGAUAUUUCAAGCAAUACUUACAAUGUAAACUAAACUUAAAUGCAAUUCUCAAUACUGUAUGCCUUCUCCUGAGAAUUUUUUAAAAUAUUGCUCUCGGAAUUACAUGGUUUCAUACUUGCUGUAUCAUUCUGUCAUCUGGUAGUCUGCACAUAAAUUCUAAAAUAAAAUGUGUGCUAAUUGGUACAACA